AUGCACACGGAUGUCGUGCUAAUCAACCUGCUGCUGCUGCUGUGGAUGCUCGGUGUGUCCGGGCUGACGCGUCCGAGGGGACCGACACCGCAGCCACACAGACACUGCAAAUCGAAAAGAGAAGUGUCCCUAAUGCAAGGAUGGGGUCGCAAGAUUGGCAGCUCCAUAUUCAAGAGGAGUCCAGAUAUGACUAAAGCCGUGGAAAAAAAGUCUGAGCAGCUGCUGAGGAUAGACGACCACGACUUUACGAUGCGACCAGGAUUUGGAGGCCCUGCAGUCCCAGUUGGAGUGGACGUGCAGGUUGAAAGCCUGGAUGCAAUUUCGGAGGUUGAUAUGGACUUCACAAUGACCCUGUACCUCAGACACUACUGGAAAGAUGAACGCCUGUCCUUCAGGAGCAAUAAAAACCAGAGCAUGACUUUUGAUGGGCGACUAGUGAAGAAGAUCUGGGUGCCCGACAUGUUUUUUGUCCACUCAAAGAAGUCCUUCACACAUGACACCACCACUGAAAAUGUGAUGCUGCGAGUUUACCCCGAUGGCAAAGUCCUGUACAGCCUCAGAGUGACGGUCACAUCCAUGUGCAGCAUGGACCUGAGCCGCUUUCCUCUUGACACACAAACAUGCUCUUUGGAGAUAGAGAGCUAUGCGUAUACAGAUGAUGACUUGAUGCUGUACUGGAAAGAAGGGAACCGCUCAUUGAACACAGACGAGAGAAUUUCUCUCUCGCAGUUCCUCAUCCAGGAGUUCCACACCACCUCCAGGCUGGCCUUCUACAGCAGCACAGGCUGGUACAACCGUCUCUACAUCAACUUCACCCUGCGGCGGCACAUCUUCUUUUUCCUGCUGCAGACCUACUUCCCCGCCACUCUGAUGGUCAUGCUGUCCUGGGUGUCCUUCUGGAUCGACCGCAGGGCCGUCCCUGCCAGAGUGCCACUGGGUAUAACCACAGUGCUCACCAUGUCCACCAUCAUCACUGGAGUCAACGCCUCCAUGCCAAGGGUCUCCUACAUCAAAGCUGUGGACAUUUACCUCUGGGUCAGCUUUGUCUUUGUCUUCCUGUCUGUGAUAGAGUACGCUGCAGUUAACUACCUGUCCACUCUGGAAGAGCGUAAGGAGAGGAAACUCCGAGAGAGGCUGCUGUGUACGUGUGGGAUGAACCACCCUGGCAUGAUGUCUGUGGGCUACAGUGAGAUGGACGUCAACAACACAGGGAACUAUGGCAUGCCGGAACAGAACGGGAUGAAACGGGAGAGGAUGCUGGUGGAGCUGGCGAUGGGGACCGACCAGGUCACUGGCCAUGUGGCCUCCGCCGGCUACAGCGACGCGUGGAUCGACACACACGUCAUCGACAAGUACUCCCGGGUCCUUUUUCCUGGAUCCUACAUCCUCUUCAACAUUAUCUACUGGUCCAUCUACUCCUAG